UACCGCGCGGCAGUUCCGUUAGGGCGGACAGGGCUUCGCUGUCGGGGGCGCUCCUGGCGCUUCCCUAGGGCGGGCCUGAGGGCGGUGCUGCUGCCGGCCGCUCCCUCGGCCCGCGCGUUCGCUUCCGGGGCGGCGGCGCCAUGUCGGACUCGGAGAGCGAGGAGGAGUGCGAUGGCGGCAGCGCCGAGCCUUUCUCGCUGGCAGGGUUCCUCUUCGGCAACAUCAAUGAAGCGGGGCAGUUGGAGGGGGACAGCGUCCUCGACAAGGAAUCCAAGAAGCAUUUGGCCGGUUUGGGUGUGCUGGGGCUGGGCAACCUGAUCACCGAGAUCACAGCCAGCGAGGAGGACAGCCCGGAGGCCGACGGAGCCCACCUGGACGAGGAAGGCUGGGUUAAGAGCACAGAAGAUGCUGUUGAUUAUUCAGAUAUUAAUGAAGUGGCAGAAGAUGAAAGCCGUAGAUACAAGCAGGCUAUGGACAGCCUGCAGCCCAUUCAAAGACCAGAUGAAGAUGAGGAUGAUUAUGAUGCCGACUGUGAAGAUAUUGAUUCCAAGCUGAUGCCACCGCCACCACCCCCUCCAGUACCUGGAAAGAAAGAAGAUGAAAAAGAUGCAGCUGCUGCUGUAUCUGAAGAUGGAGACGGUAUCAUUUUGCCCUCCAUCAUUGCUCCUUCCUCUGCUGCCUCCGACAAGGUGGAUUUCAGCAGCAGCUCUGAUUCUGAGUCAGAGAUGGGACCUCAAGAAGCCAGGCAGGCAGAAUCCAAGGAAGGCAAACUCACACUUCCUCUUGCAGGAAUCAUGCAUCGAGAUGCUACCAAACAGCUGCCAUGUGUUACAGAGCUCUUCCCGGAGUUUCGACCAGGCAAGGUGCUGCGCUUCCUGCGUCUCUUUGGCCCUGGGAAGAACGUCCCCUCGGUGUGGCGCAGUGCCCGGAGGAAGCGCAAAAAGAAACAUCGGGAGCUGGCACAAGAAGUGCAGAUACAGGAGGGUGAAGUUGUGGCUGACAGUGGAAUGGAAGGAAAAUCUCCUUGGGAGUAUGAGUUUGCUGCUCCACCCCCACCUGAGCAAUGUCUUUCAGAUGAUGAGAUCACCAUGAUGGCACCUGUGGAGUCCAAGUUUUCCCAGUCAGCUGGUGACCCUGACAAAGUGACAGACACAAAGCCCAAAGUGGCAGAAUGGCGCUACGGCCCUGCGCAGCUCUGGUAUGACAUGCUGGGCAUUCCUGAGGAUGGCAGUGGGUUUGAUUAUGGAUUCAAGCUGAAAGAGAAGGAGCAGGAGGUUCAAGGACACACAGAUGAGGCGGAUGCAGGGUUAAUGGAUGAGAAGGAUGAUCUCCUUGCUGAUGAGCAUUUCCUUAUGGUGACACAGCUGCAAUGGGAGGAUGAUGUAAUCUGGAACGGAGAAGAUAUCAAGCACAAAGGGACUAAGACACAACGGGCAAGUUUGGCAGGCUGGCUGCCAUCCAGCAUGACCAGAAAUGCCACUGCAUACAAUGCCCAGCAAGGUUUAAAUCGCAGUGGUUCUUUGCUCAACCCACCAGUUCCACUAGCACAGAAACCAAACGUGGCAGGAGUCCUGGGUAUGGCAAAGGGCAAAGAAAAGCAGGCCCCUGAACAGCAAGUUUCCCUGGAUGAAGACAAGCCCUGGUACUCCAUUUUCCCAAUUGAUAAUGAGGAGUUAGUGUAUGGCCGUUGGGAAGACAACAUCAUCUGGGAUGAUCAGGCAAUGGAAACCUUCUUGGAUCCACCUGUCUUAACACUUGAUCCAAAUGAUGAGAACAUAAUUCUAGAAAUUCCUGAUGAAAAGGAGGAAAUGACUUUGAACUCUCCAUCCAAGGAGAACAAGAAAGAAUCUUCUAUUAAGAAGAGUCGAAUCCUGUUGGGAAAAACAGGAGUCAUCAAGGAAGAGCCACAGCAGAACAUGUCUCAGCCGGAGGUUAAGGAUCCCUGGAACCUCUCCAAUGAUGAGUUUUACUACCCCAAACAGCAGGGACUUCGAGGAACCUUUGGAGGCAAUAUCAUUCAGCACUAUCCAGCAGUGGAACUUCGCCAGCCUUUCUUUCCCACACAUAUGGGUCCUAUGAAGCUCCGACAAUUCCAUCGGCCCCCACUGAAGAAAUACUCCUUUGGUGCCCUGUCCCAGCCAGGGGCCCAUGCUGUGCAACCUUUACUGAAGCACAUAAAAAAGAAGGCCAAGAUGAGAGAGCAAGAGCGUCAGGCUUCUGGUGGGGGUGAGAUGUUCUUCAUGCGCACCCCACAGGACCUAACUGGCAAGGAUGGAGAUCUCAUCCUUGCUGAGUACAGUGAGGAAAAUGCCCCUUUAAUGAUGCAGGUUGGCAUGGCAACAAAGAUUAAAAAUUACUACAAAAGGAAACCUGGCAAAGAUCCUGGAGCUCCAGACUGUAAAUAUGGAGAGACUGUUUAUUGUCACACUUCUCCUUUCCUGGGUUCUCUGCACCCUGGCCAGUUGCUGCAGGCAUUUGAAAACAACCUCUUCCGGGCCCCGAUCUACUUACAUAAGAUGCCUGAAACCGAUUUCCUGAUCAUCCGGACGCGGCAGGGCUAUUAUGUUCGGGAGCUAGUGGACAUAUUUGUUGUUGGUCAGGAGUGCCCACUUUAUGAAGUCCCUGGGCCUAACUCUAAACGAGCCAACACCCACAUUAGAGACUUUUUGCAGGUCUUUAUUUAUCGCCUCUUCUGGAAGAGCAGAGCGCCACGCAGGAUCCGCAUGGAAGACAUCAAGAAGGCCUUCCCGCACUCGGAGAGCAGCAUCCGCAAGCGGCUGAAGCUCUGUGCUGAUUUCAAACAGCACAGGAUGGAUUCCAACUGGUUUUUAAAGCCAGACUUCAGAUUGCCAACGGAGGAGGAGAUCAGAGCAAUGGUGUCCCCAGAGCAGUGCUGUGCUUACUACAGCAUGAUCGCAGCUGAGCAGCGUCUGCAGGAUGCAGGCUAUGGGGAGAAAUCCUUCUUUGCACCAGAAGAGGAGAAUGGAGAUUUCCAGAUGAAGAUUGAUGAUGAGGUGCGCACAGCUCCAUGGAACACCACACGAGCCUUCAUUGCUGCUAUGAAGGGCAAGUGCCUCCUGGAAGUGACUGGUGUAGCAGAUCCUACUGGUUGUGGUGAAGGUUUUUCUUAUGUGAUUCCAAAUAAACCAACUCAGCAGAAGGAUGAUAAAGAACCCCAGCCAGUGAAGAAAACAGUGACUGGGACGGAUGCUGAUCUGCGCCGCCUGUCUCUCAAAAACGCCAAGCUGCUUCUGCGUAAAUUUGGAGUGCCUGAAGAGGAGAUAAAGAAGCUGUCCCGAUGGGAAGUGAUCGAUGUGGUGCGGACAAUGUCUACGGAGCAGGCGCGCUCAGGGGAGGGUCCCAUGAGCAAAUUUGCUCGUGGCUCUCGGUCUGUAGCAGAGCAUCAGGAGAGAUACAAAGAAGAGUGUCAGCGCAUUUUUGAUUUACAAAACAAGGUUCUGGAAUCCACUGAGAUCCUGUCAACAGACACAGAUAGCAGCUCAGCAGAAGACAGUGACUUUGAAGAGAUGGGAAAGAAUAUUGAGAAUAUGUUACAGAACAAGAAAACUAGUUCUCAGCUCUCGGAGAGAGAAGAGCAGGAACGUAAGGUAUUGCAAAGGAUGCUUCUGGGAGAAGACAGUGGCAAUGACAAAGAGAGGGGCAAAAAGGACAGGAGAGACAAAAAGGGGCUGUCAUUGGCCUCUGGAACCGCAGCAAACUCUCACAAAGAUGAUGACACUGCCUCUGUCACCAGCCUUAAUUCCUCUGCCACUGGCCGCCGCCCUCAAAUCUACCGCACGUUCCGAGAUGAGGAGGGGAAGGAGUAUGUGAGGUGCGAGACCGUGCGCAAGGCAGCUGUCAUUGAUGCCUACUGCCGCAUACGGUCCACCAAAGACGAGGAGUUCAUACGGAAGUUUGCUCUGUUUGACGAACAGCACCGUGAGGAGAUGCGGAAAGAACGGCGCCGGAUCCAAGAACAACUGCGGCGGUUGAAACGGAACCAAGAGAAAGAGAAACUCAAGGGCCCUCCGGAAAAGAAGCCCAAGAAAAUGAAAGAGCGUCCAGACUUGAAAUUAAAAUGUGGAGCAUGUGGUGCAAUUGGCCAUAUGAGGACUAAUAAGUUCUGCCCUCUUUACUACCAAACCAAUGCCCCACCUUCUAAUCCUGUUGCAAUGACAGAGGAGCAGGAGGAAGAGCUGGAGAAAACAGUCAUUCACAAUGAAAAUGAAGAGCUCAUCAAAGUAGAAGGAACAAAAAUCGUCCUGGGCAAACAAUUGAUUGAGAGCGCGGAUGAGGUUCGCAGAAAGUCACUGGUCCUGAAGUUUCCUAAGCAGCAGCUCCCUCCAAAGAAGAAGCGGCGAGUGGGGACAACUGUUCACUGUGACUAUCUGAACGUCCCUCAUAAAUCUAUCCAUCGGCGGCGAACAGAUCCCAUGGUGACGCUGUCAUCCAUUUUAGAGGGCAUCAUCAACGACAUCAGGGAUCUUCCUAAUACGUACCCCUUCCAUACCCCUGUAAAUCCCAAAGUUGUCAAAGAUUAUUACAAGAUCAUCACUCGGCCCAUGGAUUUGCAGACCUUGCGUGAGAAUGUGCGCAAGCGGCAGUACCCCUCCCGAGAGGAGUUUAGAGAGCAUCUGGAGCUCAUUAAGAACAGUGCCACGUACAAUGGGCCGAAGCACUCACUGACGCAGAUAUCUCAGUCUAUGUUGGACCUGUGUGAUGAAAAGCUGAAAGAGAAGGAAGAUAAACUGGCUCGAUUAGAGAAAGCAAUUAAUCCUCUCCUGGAUGAUGAUGAUCAAGUGGCAUUUUCCUUCAUCUUAGAUAACAUUGUCACUCAAAAGAUGAUGGCAGUUCCAGAUUCCUGGCCAUUUCAUCAUCCAGUCAAUAAAAAGUUUGUUCCUGAUUACUACAGGUGAUCACUAAUCCCCAUGGAUCUGGAGACUAUCCGCAAGAAUAUCUCCAAACACAAAUACCAGAACAGAGAGGCUUUCCUGGAUGAUGUUAAUCUCAUUCUUGCCAACAGCAUUAAGUACAAUGGUAGUGACAGUCAGUACACAAAGACAGCCCAGGAGAUCGUAAAUAUUUGUAGUAUGACGAGCAAUCUGACUCAACUUGAGAGAGACAUCUCUACAGCUAAGGAAGCAGCACUAGAGGAGGCAGAUCUGGAAAGUCUUGAUCCUAUGACCCCUGGUCCCUACACUCCACAGCCACCUGAUUUGUAUGACACCAACACUUCCCUCAGUAUGUCACAUGAUGCUUCAAUCUAUCAAGAUGAGAGCAAUUUGUCUGCUAUGGACACUCCCAUCACUACCCCAGAGAAGCGAGGCAUUCAGAUGCGCCAGGGGCGAGGUAGGCUGGGCGAGGAAGAUUCUGACGUAGAUAUUGAAGGGUUUGAGGAUGAUGAUGGGAAACCUAAGACUCCAGCCCCAGAAGUUGAAGAUGCAGAUGGUGAUCUUGUUGAUGAAGAAGAAGGAUCAGCGCAGCAGCCCCAGGCCAGCGUCCUCUAUGAAGAUUUGCUCAUGUCAGAUGGAGAGGAUGAUGAUGAUGAUGAUGGGAGUGAAGAAGAGGGAGAUAAUCCUUUCUCAUCUAUACAACUGAGCGAGAGUGGUAGUGACUCGGAUGUGGAGCCCAGUGCAGUGAGACCCAAACAACCUCAUCUGCUGCAAGAGAACACCCGGAUGGGCAUGGACAAUGAAGAGAGCAUGAUGUCCUACGAAGGGGAUGGUGGGGAGACAUCCCGUAUGGAGGACAGCAAUAUCAGUUAUGGCAGCUAUGAAGAGCCAGACCCAAAAUCCAACACAAGAGACACGAGUUUCAGCAGUAUUGGAGGAUAUGAGAUCUCGGAAGAGGAGGAGGAAGAACAGCAGCGCUGUGGACCAAGUGUCUUAAGUCAGGUCCAUCUGUCAGAGGAUGAGGAAGACAGUGAGGACUUCCAUUCCAUUGCAGGAGACAGUGACAUGGACUCAGAUGAAUAAACCUGCUUUUGUGAAGUGGUGAUCAUCACUUUGGAAUAAGGAGCAGUGUUGUGUGGACCUGUGAGCAAGAAGGAGUUUGGGUUUUGUUUGUUUUUUUAUUGAUAGUAUUUUAAUUGGUUAGAAAAGAUGUUUUAUGACUGAGUAAAUGGUGAAAAAUAAGCUUUAGACAAGCAUGUGCUGCUGAAGUUUCUGUUUAUUGUAGCCUGUACCAGCUCCAGAAUCCAAAUGAAGAUAUGUAAGCUUUGUUCUUCAGUAUGUAUUUAUAGACUUGGAUCACUCAAUACUGGCCUGCUGGAUGCAGCACAUCUGUCAGGAAAGAAAUGCUUGCUGGGAACAAAAUGUUGUUCAACAACUAUAAAAAAAAAUUCAGUUCAUCAAGGGAGGGUUUUUCUCUUUGUCCACUGCUGGAACAUAGUGUCUGAAGUUUUACCCUCAACUGGUUUUGAUAGUUGCCUAGUAACUUUGAAUACUUAAGUAAACAGCUGCUCUAUCUAUUUAAAAAAAAAUUGUAACUAACCUCAGAAAUCAGAACUUGGUAACUGGAAGGCUCAUUAUUAAUUUUGAGUCUCCAGCCAGGCAUGUGCAGACCCUGGGGUGCAGUUCUCCUGCCUGUGUUACUGAGAAUAGGCAGUGACCUCCCCACCACUGAUUGGAGUUUUGUAUUUUGGGCCGGCCCCACGGGGCAUCACUGCAGCCAUGGGAGCACACCAGCAAGCAUCUCCCAGAGAACACACAGGUCAGCAUGCCAGGCCUAUUCGUUACAUUUCUGGAAGUGAUUAACGUCCUCAUCUUGCUAAUGUAUGCAAACUUCUCUUCCGGACGUGCACUCCUACCGUCUGGUGAAUUUUUGAGAAGUGGCUUCAAAAAGCAUCCUCCUGCCCUCCUUUCCCUCUGAUGCUCACUCUGUUGCCUAGUUGACUCCAAGGUUCACCAUCUUCAGAGAGGUGUGGACUCUCAGUAAUGAGUCUUAAUUGUUUAGCAUCUUUCUCAUCUUCAGGAAAACUGCUGACUUUAUCACCUUCCCAUUGUAAGGGAAAUUGCCUAGAGGCUUCUGUUCAGGAGUCCUGUAACUUCAUUAAAAUAAAGUGAGAGCCCACGGGAUAAUAAUCCCUGUGGAAUGUCUCAGAGUGCCGGAA